AUGAAGAACCAAAUGGCGCUUGAUUUAAGAUUGGUGACAGGCAGUGAACUUGUAACCGAAAUGUUUGGACAAAAUGGCCACAUUAGUUCUGGAAACUUUAAUCCAGAAGGUGCAGUAGUUAAUAAUUCAAGUGAAGAAGGACUGGUACCUAGUCAAGACCAUUAUUUACACACUGUAAGUGCAGCAGAGGCUUUGCUGGAUCACUACCAGUAUCCACGUAGACUUGAAAUUCAAAAUACAAUCAUGAAAGUUGAAGUCCAUCCACAUGGAGACAGCAGCUGUGACAAUGGAGAUCUUGAAAAAUACAAGGAAUUAAAUCUUCCUGAAGAAGCUGAGCGCACAUAUUCACCCUGUCUGCCUUCCGACGGCAUCCACUUUCUUUCUUCCAUAGCGCUGCAGCACAGCAGCUGCGGCGUUCUGCCUUCAAGCAUUUUCUACCCGGAAGGAACAGUCAAUCAAAAUGUCAGAACGAUACCAGCUGAGGUGAGAGAGGCUGUUAGUAAUGUUAGCGAGAAUCACCAAGACAGAGCAAUUUUUCAGAGUUCAGAUGCCGACAAGCCCGGCUGCAAGUUACUGGCAUUGCACAGUGUAGCAGAGGAUUCCAGAUGUUCACACAGAAAUGAUUCCAACCCUUUAGUUAUCUGCCAGCUGGAAGGAGGUACUCAAAUACUCUGUAUAAACCGUUGUGGCACACAAGAACUAAACCCCGUUCAUCUAAUUCCUGAAUAUCACAGCCAACAUAGUUAUCUUCAAUCAGAUGUACACAACCCUGUAACAGCUGUGCUGGGCCAGUUGUUGCCCGUUCCUGGUGAACUGGUUCUGAAUGAACAAGAG